AUGGAAGUGGAUAACUCUCAAUACAAGCGACAACUGUUAUCGAUCUUAAAGCAUAUUGCAAAUGCCACUUUCGUAACUUUCGAUCUGGAGAUGAGUGGGAUCUCUACCCGUCGUCAAUAUGGGACAGGAGAUAGAUCUCAAAAGGUUGAUAAACCAACUUUGCAAGAAAUCUACGAGGAAAUGAAGGACGCCGCCUCCACAUAUCAGGUAGUUCAAUUUGGCAUCACAUGUAUCGAGGAAGACAGGGAGAAAGAAUUCUAUCUAGCUCGGCCCUACAACUUCUAUCUGAGUCCACUCCAGGCUGCUGGUGUUGACAUUCGACUUGAGCGCGACUUCACCUUCUCCAGUAGUGCAUGCGAGUUUUUACUCAAAAAUGACUUUAAUUUUGGCACAUUAUUUAAAAGUGGUGUUCCAUAUCUAUCAAGAACGGAAGAAGACGUGCACCGAGAAGAGUAUCAAGCAAGGACCAGCCGAACUUCUACGAUUCCGGAUCUUAUUAUUCCUGCAAGCGAUACAACGAAUCUGACCUUCUAUCGAAAGGCCAGAAGUACCAUAUCCGAGUGGAUCAACAGCUCCAAGCCAGAAUUUGAUUUUGUGAACGUCGGAAGUGUAUUGGAUCCCACUAGCGGAUACCAACGUAGGCUUAUUUAUCAACUUAUUCGUAGCGAGUUUCCAGGCCUGCGCGCUUUCCCAAGAGGUGGAAAGGAGUUUAUGCAGGUUGUCAAGGUGGAUGUAAAAAGAGAGGCAGAGUUUCAGAAGAGAAAAGACGAGUCAUUCGAAGCUGGCCUUGCAAAGCAAAUUGGUCUGCGCUGGAUUUUUGAGGCUUUAUCCGGUGGCAACCUUGAUGGAAUCAAUCCACGAUGGUUUUACGUCGAAGGCAAAGAUGGUGAUGAAACGAAGCCGGAGAACCAACUCGACGCAAUUGUCAAGGAUGUUGAAAAGGUCAAGCUUGCACUGUUGAAAAAGCAACAUAUCAUUGUUGGGCACAACCUUUUCACCGACCUCGGUUUUCUUUAUAAUACCUUCGUCGGCAUCUUACCCGAGAAGGUAUCUCACUUUCAGGAGGAAAUCCACGAAUUGUUCCCGAGGGUCUUUGAUACCAAGUAUAUUGCUACUCACGGCCGGGAAGGAAUGGGGUCAAGUUCUGCACUAGCACAGCUUCUAGAGCCUUUCAAAUCCAUCCAUGAACCGCUUGUUGUACUCCAUGAGAAGCACACUUCGUACGGGUCAGGAAAGGAUCAUGAAGCUGGGUUUGAUAGUUGGAUGACGGCAGAGCUUUUCGUCAAGCUAACGUCAACGCUGUUCGAGGAAAGACGAUUGGGGCUGCUAGAUGCAAACAUUGAAAAUAGCGAUCUAGACUCAUCCUGCGACGAUGAUGUGGGAGGGGUUACGCUGAACGUACCCGAUACCGAUGGGGGUUUCUUCUCCGAUUCCGAGUCUGGCGAAGGAAAUGUUCCAGCAGCUUGGCACGCGGUGCAAUUGAAUCGAUUUUCCGUCCUCGCGGAUGGGGGCGGGGAGGAUAAAAUAGCAGAGACGACAACUACAGUGAAGCCCUCACCAUUCAUGCCGCCAAUAAAGAGUAGUUUCUGGGAUGUUUACGUCAAUAAACUGCGCGUGAAUGCUGCCGAGGGAGGAAUAUGCCAUUUGGCGACUGACGAAUAG